AUGAAAACAACCAUCUCUGAGCUUCCGUACCUGCACAAAGUAGACGAAGCAUUCACUGAGGAGUGCUGCCCGCCCUCCCCGCAGUCGCAUCUUGACAUGGAGGAUGUAAUUGCCAAAAAGAAGCCACUUCGAAAAUCAAAGAGAAGAAAAACCCUCCCAAAAUACGUUAAGUACAAAGACCUGUCUGAAAGAGAAGAAACAAAGCUGACGCCAAGACAGCUGAUGAUGGUCAUGCGCAAAAAGGGAAUAAUUACAGACGGCAUCAAAGAGCUUGAUAGAGAAACAAAAAUAGUGUGUCCUGGAGCAAUUCCCGACAGAAAAUCGAAGAAAAAUUUAGUAGAAGAAUUCAGCACAUACGCGAAUAUGCAGUCAGCACUAGAAUGUAAAGUAAGCAUGCAGAAUGCAAUGAAUGGCCAUGCCCCGCAGAGCACAAAGGCUGUUCUAGAGAACAUUGCGGAUAUUUCGAUGGACGAUAAGACCACGGGGGAAAACAAGUGGAUAGAGAGCAGUGGGGAAGAUCAGAUCACUAGAACAGAAGAUUCACCCAGCACAAUGCUCAGUCUUCCCGAGAAAUUAACAAUUUUAUUUAAGAGAGUAGACUGCGAAAAAGAGUCUGAGAGACGUAUUAAUGAAGAGGACAGACUGAGCAGAAACAUCACAGAUAAAAAGAAGAGAUCAAAGACAUCUACCGCAUCGAAGAAGGAGCUAAAGAUAAAGAUGGCAGAUAUGGAAGAAAAGAGGAAAAGUCUCCGAAUCAGAAUAAAACUAGAUGAAAAACAAAAGGAGAGGAAAUCUCAGAGCCAUUCUUUAGAUGCACUAAUCGAUGCGAGUAAUAAUCACUCAGCCCCUGUUUCAGACAAUCUCUCUCAUCACAAAAAAGAAUCUGAACUCUCUAGCAAUAACAACACAGUGAUAAGUGCAAGAGUGGCAAACACUAAAAAUAACAAAGAAACUUUUUCUGCAGACAACAGUGGAGUUGAGGAAAUUAAAAAUGCAAAUAAUGGUGAACAUGCAGAAAUUAUACAAGAGAGUCUUCCUGUACAAAAAAUAGCUGAUAAUAUCUGCGAGCCCUUGCACAUCUACCCUGCUCCACAGAAGCCUUCUUCUGAUCUUCUGCCAGCCUCUUCUCUAUCUACUAAAUUUGUGAAUAAAGAUAGCUAUGUAGGCCUUCUGGGCAGCAUUCAGAGAGAAAUGUCAAUGCACACCUGUCCUGUGCGAACUCUGCUGGCGUCCAUUUCCAAGAGGCUCGGUGCUGUAGUAAAAAAUCCCCAGGAAAACGCGCACAUGCACAACCAGGAUGCCUUCAAAAGAGUCGUUCUGUCGUUCAGAAACAUUGUCCAGCACCGAGAAAACUGCUGCAUGAAAUAA